AGCCAAGCCACACUGGCCAGGGCAAGAGCUUUGAUUUUUUUUCAUUGCUCUACUUUCAGAAUCAAGAUGUGACACACAUUAGGUGCUCAAUAGAUAUUUGUUGAAUGAAUAUAAUAGGGGAAUUGUUCUAGUCAGGAGGUUUGGAAAAACUUUACAGAGGAAGAAAUGAUUGAGCUGAGAUCUGAAGGAAGAAUAGAAAUUACCUUGGAGGAAAGAGGAAAGGAGUAGUAGGAGGACAAGAGUGCAAGCUCCCUGAGUGUGAAAGGGCCUUACCUUGCUUAUUAACAUAUCCCCAGCUCCUAUUAAGUAUUUGGUGCUUGGUAAAUAUUUUUUGAAUAAAAUGAAUGAAGAAGUGUUUGACGUAGAAGAGAUAGCUUGUGCUAUGACCAUAUAGAUGAGGGGACCUGCUGAUUUCCAGAAAAGGAAAAAGGGCCAGUGUCACUGGAGGGCAGAGGGCAAGGGUAGGUAGCCUGCUGUGAUUGAUGUGUCAGGGGAAGUAAAUGGCAGAUUAUGAGGCCCUAUGUUGAACUGACCAAAGCUGAUGGUAAACUCAGUAUUUUCCUAAUCAUUUACAUUGCAUUCCCUUGUGAGCUUCCUCAUUUGCUGUAAAAUAAAAGUGCACAUAUUUUUUUUUCUUUCUGUAACUGAAAAUAUUAUGGCACUAAGGACUGAGUAAAUCUGUUUAGGGUUGACAGGACCUACAUUAGUGAUCUAAAUGAAAACUAAAUCUACCAGGCUACCAUGUCAGUGGGUUUCCUUGAUUUUGCCCACUUUAAUUCAGAGAAGUAUAUCAGUAGUACUUGGCAGUAUUUAACUCCUUUACUAUUAAUUUUGGUUUGUAUAUGUUCAAUUUUUGUCUUGAUAACUUUAGACCUUUGUACAAAUCUUUGGAAUUUUAACUACAUCACUAGAAAGAGGACAUGUGAUUCUUUUAAGCAUGUGCUUGCAGAAAUAUGAGUUAUAAAUCAUUUAUUUCUUUGCUUAAUUCUAGGCCAUAGAUUAACUAUACCUAUUCAAGAAAAUUGUUUCUGUUCACUGAUAUAUGUGAACACCCUUUGUAAAAUACACCGCUUUGGAUAGGUGUGUGUGUGUGUAACUUUAGAAACUGUUUCACCUGUAGAAUGCAUCUAUUAAAUAGAAUGCAUCUAUUUAAUGUCUUAAAAUAGUGAUACCAGAGAAGGAUGUACCCAUUAUCCUGCAUUUUCUAACGUGUAGGAGAUUAGGGGAGGAAACCAGCUAGCUUUCCCAAUUAUUUAAAGAUAUGUAACAAAAUUGAUUAAAAUUAUUAACCACAGAUAGCCUUGGACACUUUUUCUUACCAGUUUUGUGCACAUUGGGGGUACAGUAUGUAUAAAAAGCAAAGUCUGAGCUGGAGAGAUUUUCCCAAAGGGUAAGGCUUCUUAAGUCCAGUAAAGCUGACAGUGCAGUUUCUCCACAUACUGCUUUUCAAAACUGUAAUGAUCUGUGGAGUAAAUAUAAUCCUAAUGUCUGGAAGAGCAUUGAUUGUGCAGAUUGAGAAUGGAACCGGUAAUUAGGGAAUGCAGUGGUGUGCUAGCAAUAGGUCAGGGCUUUGAAAAUCAAUAUUGCUUCAUUUGCCUUGAAGAUGCUACAGAAGACUUAUUCUGAGACUAGGCAACACAUUUUGAAAGGUAACUCACUUUUAAUGCAUUUGUUUUUUGUGUAUUGUUUUGCUUUUUGCUUCUGGGAUUACAAGUAAUUUUCAGACUGAAAUAUUAAUUUAGUUUAAUUAAUAUUUCUACUUGACUUUUUAUUUACUUUGCAGCUUUGAUUAGUUUGUCCUUUGGAGGAGCGAUUGGGCUGAUGUUUUUGAUGCUUGGAUGUGCCCUUCCAAUAUACAACAAAUACUGGCCCCUCUUUGUUCUGUUUUUUUACAUCCUUUCGCCUGUGCCGUACUGCAUAGCAAGAAGACUCGUGGAUGAUACAGACGCUAUGAGCAACGCUUGCAAGGAACUCGCCAUAUUCCUUACAACGGGCAUUGUGGUCUCAGCUUUUGGACUCCCUAUUGUAUUUGCCAGAGCACACCUGAUUGCAUGGGGAGCUUGUGCACUUGUUCUCACAGGAAACACAGUCAUCUUUGCAACUAUACUGGGCUUUUUCUUGGUCUUUGGAAGCAAUGACGACUUCAGCUGGCAGCAGUGGUGAAAGAAAUUACUGAACUAUUGUCAAAUGGACUUCUCGUCAUUUGUUGGCCGUCUGUGCACACAGGAGAUGGGGCAGCGAUGCUGAAUGGUAUAGCAAGCCUCUUGGGGGUAUUCUAGGUGCUCCCUUCUCACUUUUAUUGUAAGCAUACUAUUUUCACAGAGACUUGCUAAAGGAUUAAAAGGAUUUUCUCUUUUGGAAAA